CCAGGCGCCGCAGGAUAAAGAGGAGCGCAGAUUAAUCCGAGACGCGUGCAUGGCCGUCGUCGCCACUGCGGGCUGGGCCGCGGCGCUCGCCUACCCUGCGGCCUCCCUGCUCGCGCUCGCCAACGGCGCCAAUGACAUCUGCAACUCGGUGGGCACAGCCGUGGGGGCCGGCGCGCUGACGAUGCGGCAGGCGCUGGUUCUGGGUUGCAUCGCCGAGGCCAUCGGCGCGGUCACCAUCGGCCCGUUCGUCGCGCAGAGCAUCGCGAGCGGCCAGAUCCACGUCGCCGCCUUUGCCGGCUCGCCUCGCACGUUUGUGCUGCUCAUGCUCUCCUCGCUGCUCGGCGCCGGCAUCAGCACGCUGCUGGCGACCCUGUACGGCGCGCCGAUCAGCGCGACGCACGGCAUCGUCUCGGGCAUCGUCACCGUCGCCCUCCUCUCUGGCACGCACGGCGCGCUCGACCUCGGCGGGAUCGGCUUCACGCUGCUCGGGUGGGCCGCUUCGCCGCUGGCCGGUCUGGCGGCGGGGUUCGCCGUCUCGCUACUCGUGCAUCGGCUUGUCCUCGGCACGCGCAGCCCCGCGGCGGCGGCGGCGAAGCGGCAGCCCCUCCUCCUCGCCCUCAUCGCCUCCCUCUCCUUUUUGUUUCUCCUCCUCAAGGGGCCAGUCUUUCUGCGCCGCCGCGUGGCGGGCAGGCCGCUGCUCGCUCUCGGCGCGGCACUCGCCGGCGGCGCCGCCGUCGCCGCCGCGUCUCUUCACGCCUCUGGCCGCGAGCAGGCGGCACGGCCGAGGGCUGAGUUGGACGAGGUGCAGCGCCGCUUCGUGCCGCUCCUCGUUCUGGCAGGCCUCUGCGAGCACCCGAGAGCACCCGAGAGCACCCGAGAGCACCCGAGAGCACCCGAGAGCACCCGAGAGCACCCGAGAUUGCUCCUUGUGUUGGCAGGCCUCACUGUCGCUCUCGCGCACGGGGCGAACGACAUUGACCGAGAUGACCCGAGAGUAGGCAACGCUGUCGGGCCUCUCGCCGCCAUCCUCGCGACGCCGGCGGAGGGCCCGGUGGCGCUCGCGCCCGCGGUGCCGCCCACCGCUAUGCUGUGCGGCGCCGGCGCUUUCGUCGUCGGCAUCCUGACGCUCGGAGAGCGCACAAUCUCGACCGUGGGGUCGAAGAUCACGACCCUCACUCCGCACCGCUCCUUCGCCACCCAGACGGGCGCCGCAGUCGCCGUCCUCUCCUCCUCCGCGUGCGGGCUGCCCGUCUCCACCUCGCACUGCCUUGUCGGCGCCGUGGUCGGCGUCAGCCUCGCCGAGAAACUCUGCGGCGUGCCUAACACCGGCCUCGACCUGACCGUGCUGAGCAAGAUCGUCGUUGGCUGGGUCGUCACGAUCCCGCUCGCCGCGGCGGUCGCCGCCGCCGCAUUCGUGCUGCUCAGCUGGCUCACUUGCCCGCACCGGCCGUACAAUGAGGGCGGCGAGAUUCUUCACAAUGCCACCGCGCGGGGUGAGUGAUGAUUUUCGUUGGCCAGGGACGCGCGCCCGGUCUGAGUCCGCGUUCUUGCGUGAGUUGUGUGUAUCUGAGGCUAGUUGCAAAAAACUUGGUGGGAGCCC